CAGGAUUUCAAUCGGUACGGUAGUAUUUUAUCGCAACGUUUGCGUAAUCUUCGUAAGAGGGAAGCAAAGGAAUGUUCGUAUGAAAUCUGUUGCGUACGUUUUUCGUCGCCGAGGGUCGGUUAAAUAUCAGUGAAUAGUGUGUGAUUCGGGUAAACUAUUUCAUGGAUACGCGAAGUUCAUGCACGUGAUUUGUGUACCCCUUAACAUAUGAUGUAUGUAUGUGCAGAUCAGCCUGAGUCGACAAAUUUUUGAAGAGUUCACGGUCCUGUAGUGGUGGUGGUUCAGAAGCAAUUCCUGAACUACAUUCUGAGCAGUUAGUGACAAACAAAGGCCUAAGUUGUGAAACCAUAAUAUCAAAGAAGUCCCAAGAAUGGUGUUUAAAUUCAAACAAUAGUUUUCGAAUACUCCUGGAACGCUUGGAAUAUAUGCACUUGCGGUUCAAAGAAAAUUGCAUUUGUCCACCUAAACUUUCAUCCAUUGAAAGGACCUGCCUCACUUUGGAAAAUUGUUCGUAAAUACUUAAUAGCGGAACUUCCUUACGGGAUGACUUAACGGUUUUGCCAAUUAAAUUUUCUCGGAAUGUAUGGCCUCUAAACACCACCCGGAGCUGGAGGGCAAUACAGGUCCGAAAAGGAAUCCACUGAACAACGACAAAGACGUGUGAUUACCGAACAGAAGUGAAGGUGAACGGAAAGAAAGGAACAAAAAAAGACGAGAAGCGGAUACAGACGCUAGAAGUGUUACAAUACAACGUGCAAAGACGUCAGGGAGUAUUUAAGUGGAUACUAAAAGGUUCACAGCAACGGCAAAAACCCGAGAAACGUUUCGUAAAGGGUAGAGUGAACAUACACCCAUAUGUAUAGCCUGCAACUGCAGAGAUGAAGUCAAAGAUAGUUUGAGCUGAAGAGUUAGAAUAUAUUUCACACUUCCACCCCGUCAAGAGAAAUUAUUCCCUGCACUUUGCAACUGUGACAUGUUCAAAAGGAGAUCCCAGUAUGAUAUGUCAUGCAUAUAGCGUCUGUAAUGAUAUGCAAGGAUAUGGAGUGAAAAGUGCGAAUGGGUACGCGAAAAGCAUGUGUUCUUCUCAAUCACGUCAAGUGUAGGGAACAGAAUGUGUUGGUGUUAGAACAAGUGUCGAGAAACGCCUGCCAGCAUUUCGCUCCAGUUCGUUAACAGGUCGCCCUGCUACUGUUGAAAGGACGAAAGGAUACAAGGAAGGAGGACGCACGUUCGAAGCAACCGAGAUACAAUUCACGGUACGCGGCGCGGUUUAAAAACCUGAAGAAGACAGCAUCAAACAAAAGUGGAUUAUACGCAAAUUAAAUGAUUCGAACUACACGCCCCUCCGUAUAGGCGCGAAUGAAGCAGAAACCAGCGAACAACAACAGCCUACUGUAUGAUUGCUUUAACGAUUUUAUGUAACGGCAACAUCAAAAGGAUUAUGCUGCGAAAAUGAGUUUAUCUUCAACUGCUCUCAUAAUCUGUGGCUGUUGUUUACUUCAAGGAAUCGUUGGUCUCCGACUAAUCAAAGUUGUAAUUCCCGCAUAUAAAUUACGUGGCGAAUCUGCAUUGCUUGAAUGCCAGUACGAACUAAACAGAUCCCAGAGCAUCAUAAGCAGCAACAGCAACAACAACGGCGGACGGGGUUACGGGAGCUCGAUAUCGGGCCGUGGUGGUUACGGGAUGGGAACCAACGAUGGAGGAGGCAUGAAUGGAUAUAUUUCCGGGAGCAAUGGCGGUGUUGGCAGUAUGACCAGCAACGGCAACUAUCGCAGGAUACGAAAUCAUCAACAUCAGCACUAUCAUUAUCACGACCAGUACAAAAAUCCAAAUCAGGACGAGAUAAGAUCAUCAUCGAGGGGCUAUCACUACGGCGGCAGUGGGCCUUCAUCCUAUUCGGCCUACGAUAGCGACGAACAGCGCGAAGAGGGCGAGGCGCUGUACUCGGUGAAGUGGUACAAGGACAACGAGGAAUUUUAUCGUUUUGUCCCGAAAGUCAAUCCUCCGCAACAGAGCUAUAAAGUUGAUGGUAUACGUGUCGAUCACCAAUAUUCAGACAGUACAAGAGUACUCUUACGUGGGCUCACGCUUCGAUCUACUGGCGUGUAUAAAUGUGAAGUUUCUGCAGAAGCGCCCAAUUUUUCAUCAGUGCAAGGGGAAGGUCGGAUGGAUAUUGUAUUUCUACCACGUGACGGCCCCCACAUAAGUGGCAAAGAGGAUCAAUAUCAAAUCGGUGAUAUUUUAGGUUUAAAUUGUACAUCGGGGAAGUCGCAUCCAGCAUCGCAACUGCAAUGGUUUAUUAACGACGAGCCGGUGAUUCAACCGAGCACCCUAAUCCACUAUAACAAUACCGUUCACCAGCACGGACUUGUAACAUCGAUUUUAGGACUUCAACUUGUCGUUGACGCUCGACACUUCCAAGAUGGUGCAAUGCGAGUUAAAUGUGUUGCCAGUGUGUCCCCAAUCCUCUGGCAAGGUGACCGAGAGAGCGUGGUGCAAAGGAGGCCGGGACCAGGUCUGAUUGAUAAUCGGGAAGCAAUGCUCCUAGUUCUGAGUUCUUCACCAAGAACAGCAGUCAGUAGUCUCCUAGUGACUUUGUUGCUUACUAUUCUAUGUCUAGUGAAAAAUCAAUUCCCCAGUUAAAUUCAACAAUGUAUGUGUAUUAGAAACUUCAACCAAAUCGUGUGUUUUGUGAAUGGAAUUAAAGACGAGAAUAUUUUGAAUGAACAAUCAUUUUUUGUAAUUUAGUGUGAAAUGACAAAAGUAACAAACGAUAGUGUAAUCCAGUGUUAGUUGUUAAUUAUUUAGCAUUAAAAACACGUCUUUCCAUUUAGAGAUAUAUAAUGAAAUUCGCUUUUUUAGUCCUGUAGCAUGACAAAAAAAAAUUCACAUAUUGUGGAGAGAUAAUUUGAUUCUAUUAAAAUCUUUACUAAUUUAUAUUGAAUGUUGAUUUGUUUGUUGAUUUCUUCGAGUUGACCAACAAUGGGAACCUCAGUAAAUGCAAAUUAAAAUUUUCUGAAAGUCCGAUCACAUAUUAUAUAAACAAUGAUGUUGUAUAUUGAAAAUAAAAAUAUCAAGUCAAGCUAUCAGUUUAACGAUUUUGAUCAAUUUCCC